GUAAUCACGCACUAUAUCGGCUUCCGUCACGUGGAGCUCAUUCAGGACUACGUCGAUCAGCAGCAGAAGGCCAAAGGACGGCAUUUCUACGUGAAAAUUAACGACCGUCCAGUUUUCCUCAAAGGAUCGAACUGGAUACCGAUAUCCAUGUUCCUAACCCAAAAUAACACUGAACGGAUGGAAUUUCUGCUAGAUUCUAUGAUAGAGACAGGUAUGAAUACGUUACGGGUCUGGGGUGGUGGUGUGUACGAGUCGGAAGAAUUUUAUCAGUAUGCUGAUUCGAAAGGGAUCUUAUUGUGGCAGGACUUGAUGUUUGCAUGUGCCCUCUAUCCAACGAAUGAGGACUUUUUGAAAAGCGUUGAAACUGAAGUCCACCAACAGAUAUGGCGAAUAAAGCGUCAUCCAUCAAUUUUAUUAUGGGCAGGAAACAAUGAAAAUGAAAUAGCUAUCAGAUCACAUUGGUGGACAGUCGAGAACUACACAGUAAAACAAAGGGUUUCAAAACGUUUCGUGCUUUCCAGAGCCACUAUGUUGUCAAAUAUCAAUAACUCUGAAUGGUUCUACUCAUCAGAACAACUGCUACAUCGCCAGCACAAACCAGCUGGUGUACUGACUAAUCUGUUAAUGGUGUUCAGCCAUUUUCCGAUACCAUUCCAAUGCCCUCAAUCACUUGUCGACCUACAUCAUUGCGAGUAUUUAAAGUCACCGAUGUUUAUUGAUCGAUAUGCAUUCUUUUCGCAGGCUAAUCAGGCGACUACGUAUAAAAUCCAAACUGAACAUUAUAGAAGGUACCGUAAUUUGCUCCUACCGUCAGGGCUUGGGAACACUAUGUGCGCUCUGUACUGGCAGUUGAAUGAUGUUUGGGCUGCCCCAACAUGGUCAACAAUUGAUUUUGAUCUGAACUGGAAAAUGGCCCAUUAUGAAGCACGGCGGUUCAUGGCGCCUGUGAUUGUUGUAAUGUACACCUCAGGUCUGAAUGACUUGGGAGUGACGGUAGUGAACGACCUGUCGUCAGAAAUCGAGGAUGCAGCAGUGCAGAUCGACAUGUUCGCAUGGACUAAUGGAUUCGAUCCAAUCUACAGUGAAGGAGCUGCCGUUGAUAUUGCGCCGCUUAGCGCCACAGAGGUGUCGAUAUCGCAGUAA